AUGCCACAGUUCUGCUACCGACUCCACUAUAUGAAGCGUGCACACUGUGGCGGUUGUGUCCAGUUGGCAACGCCGGGAUUUGCAGUGGAGAUCCUGGCGUUGCCAACUGGACAAAACUCAACUGGUACGCUCACCCUUGCAGUGCCACAUCAGAGUGGCAUUCACAGUCAGUUCUUGGCGCACAGGUUCCUUGAGGGAGCUCCGGGAUCUGUUGCCGACCUGCAGGGGCCGAAGGACAGAGGUUCUCAGAGACCCUGGUGGGGAUGGAACAUCGGCGCUUGA